GCCAACGUUGACGCACAAAAAUUUUGAGCAACCACCAAGUCAUAUGUAUGUGUAGCCAUCUUGCUCCUUUUCUUACUCAACCAUUUCACCUGCCGCCGGCGUCAAAUAUGAUCCAAUCCCUCUCUGAUCUGAGACUCUCAAACCCCAUUACUUUCUCGCUCUUCCUCUAGAGAGAUUGGGAGAGAAAGAGAGAGAUCCCUUUUCAUUAACAGUUAUGCAAUUUAAGCUAAAAUCCAUCAAUUCUUUAGCAAUCACAAUGAUGCUCGUUUUUGCACUUGUAAUCCUCUUCUUUUCUGGUUUUCUUGAUUUCCCAACUGCACAUUCUUCAAUCCCAUCUGCUUAUAAUAAAUCUCUAUUACUCCCCAAAUCUGCUUCUCACCCAUUUAAGGACUUGUUUGGUGCUUACAAAAGCUGGGAUUCUCAAGUGGGUUGUAACAAGUUUAGACAUACACAUCAAGAAUCAAACAAUGACUCGGUCUCGUUUUCUUCUUUGCAAGAUGUGUUUGGGGAAAUCAAGUGUAGUGUGUUGAAAAUUAAGCAUGUUGCUGUUUUGGUGAAGGGCUGGACUUGGGUACCUGAUAAUUUGGAUAAUUUGUAUUCGUGUCGAUGCGGGUUGAGUUGUUUGUGGACUAAGUCUGAUGUUCUUGCUGAUAAGCCUGAUGCUGUGCUGUUUGAAACUACCACACCGCCGCUUAUGAGGAAAAGUGGUGAUCCACUACGUGUGUACAUGGAUCUUGAAGCUGGAAGAAAACGGUCAGGUUUAGAGGAUUUAUUCAUCAGCUAUCACGCCAAAGAUGAUGUUCAGGCAACCUAUGCAGGUGGCCUUUUUCAUAACAACAGAAAUUAUCAAUUGUCUUCUUCCAAGAACAAUGAUGUUCUCGUCUAUUGGUCUUCAUCACGCUGUCUUCCCAAAAGAAACCAGCUUGCGAAAAGUUUGCUAAGGUUGCUGCCUCAUCAUUCAUUUGGCAAGUGCUUAAACAAUGUUGGUGGACGAAACAUGGCACUCUCUUUCUAUCCUGAAUGUGCAAAGGAUCCCAAUGAACCCCCUAAAUGGUGGGAUCAUUUACAUUGUGCCAUGUCUCACUACAAGUUUGUCCUUGCAAUUGAAAACACAGAAACGGAGAGUUAUGUAACAGAAAAAUUAUUUUAUGCAUUGGACUCUGGAGCAGUUCCAAUAUAUUUUGGAGCUCCUAAUGUUUGGGACUUUGUACCUCCACAUUCCAUAAUAGAUGGAAGUAAAUUUGGGUCCAUGGAAGAACUGGCUUCUUAUGUAAAGGCUCUUGCAAAUGAUCCAGUUGCUUAUGCAGAAUAUCAUGCAUGGAGAAGGUGUGGUGUUCUGGGUAAUUAUCAUAGGACUCGUGCAGCUAGCUUAGAUACAUUACCAUGUAGACUAUGUGAAGCGGUUAGUAAAAAGGGUGGGAUCAAUGCAAAACCAUUUUGAGUACUUCACCUGCUGUGGAGUGUAAUUCACUGACUAUCAAUGCGGGUACUCUGUUUCUGGAUACUUUUUUGUAGCUGCCUACAUUGGUAAAGGUUCUCCCGUUUUCCCUCUGCUUCUCAUCCGUUUUUUUUUUCCUGUAAUAUAUUAGCUGUUGUAAGUGUGUAUACGAGAUUUGACAUGUAGAAAGUGAAACUACAAAAAUCAGGCUAGAAAAUUUUAAAAUUCAACUUGAACAUGAGCUGAAAUCCUUAGACCAUUUUACACUGGUUAUGCUGGUUAUACUUGAAUGCAAUGAAGCGCCGCUCCUUGUUGGUA